AAAGUGGAGAGAUCAGUAAUGAACAUGAGGUGAGACAGAUUGAGACACAAUCCAGGAGAACAUCAACAGAGGACACACCAAUCAAAUGCAAUGACAUCUUUAAAGCUUUUCCUGCACAAGAAAACCCAUCAGAAGUGUGCUGACAAAGGGAGUCGCUGGCAUUGGAAAAACAGUCUCUGUGCAGAAGUUCAUUCUGGACUGGGCUGAAGGGAAAGAGAAUCAGGACAUCCACCUCAUAUUCACAUAUUUCCUCUUCCUUUCAGAGAGAACAAUCUGAUGAAGAACCAAACACUCAGUCUUUUACAUCUUCUUCAUCUUUUCUUCCCAGAGACAAAAGAAAUGGAAAUCUCCAGCGGUGAAUAUAAAGUGUUGUUCAUCUUUGAUGGUUUGGAUGAGUGUCGUGUGUCUCUGGAUUUUCACAGCAGUGUGAGGUUGUGUGAUGUAAGUGAAUCAGCCUCAGUGGAUGUGAUGCUGACAAACCUCAUGAAGGGGAAUCUGCUUCCCUCUGCUCUCAUCUGGAUCACCUCCAGACCAGCAGCAGCUGAUCUCAUCCCCUCUGAGUGUGUUGAUCGAGUCACAGAGGUACGAGGCUUCACUGACAAACAGAAGGAGGAAUACUUCAGCAAGAGAAUCAGUGAUGAGAGUCUGGCCAACAGAAUCAUUUCACACCUGAAGUCAUCCAGGAGCCUCUACAUCAUGUGUCACAUCCCAGUGUUCUGCUGGAUUUCAGCCACUGUUCUAGAGAGAAUGUUGAGUGAAGCAGAGAGUGAAGGAGAGAUCCUCAAGACUCUCACUCAAAUGUACACACACUUCCUGAUCAUUCAGACAAACAUCAAACAUCAGAAGGACUAUGAGAAGAAAGUGAAGAAUGAUGAAGACAUGAUCUUCAAACUGGCCAAACUGGCUUUUGAGCAGCUUGUGAAAGGGAACCCGAUCUUCUAUGAUGAGGACCUGAGAGAGUGUGGCAUUGAUGUAGCAGAAGCAUCAGUGUACUUAGAAUUGUGCACUCAGAUCUUCAGAGAGGAGUUUGGCUUGUAUCAGGGGAAAGAUUACUGCUUUGUUCAUCUGAGCGUUCACGAACAUCUCGCAGCUCUUUAUGCUCACAUCUCCAUCACAAACAACAAGAGAAAUGUGUUUGUUGCAGAUCAGUUUCCAAGCAAUUGGACCAUUGAGAAUCAAAAAUCACAGAGCAGGUUUCACUAUUUGAGCUGCAUGAGAGAGCUGUAGAUGAAGCUUUACAGAGUCAGAAUGGACAUCUGGAUCUUUUCCUGCGUUUCCAAUCAGAGUCCAAUCAGAUUCUCUUACAGGAUCUACUGACACAUAUGAGAAGAUGCUCCUACAAGAAAGAGAAAACUGUUGAGUACAUUAAACAGAAGAUCACUGAGAAUCUGUCUCCAGAGAAAUCCAUCAAUCUUAAUCACUGUCUCAGUGAACUGGAUGAUGAUUCACUGCUGCAGGAGAUUCAACAUUAUGUGAAAUAUGAAUCAGUCGGACGCUUCAAACUCUCCUCUUCACAGUGGUCAGCUUUAGUUUUUGUGUUGUUGAUGUCUGAACAGCAUUUGGAUGAACUUUGAUCUGAAUAAAUGUAUUGGAUAAAAGUUCAGUAAGUAAAACUAACAACAAUCAGUUGACUGUUAACAUAUUAAUACAAUUUCUUAAUUUUAUGAUUUUCUUUUGAUCUUUUCAUCAGUACAGAGGGUUUAUAUGUAUUAUUCAGUAUACAGUAUCUGGUGUGUGAAUUAUAAGCAGCUUUAUAGCAGAAUUAUAAGGGUAAACAUCUCACAUCAAACCAGUGCA